AUGGGUCUAAACACUGCAUUCCUGAAGAGACCAUUUGGAAUAUUCAAUUCCUUGGCUGUGCUAAUUGCGCUAUUCUCAAUUUUCGCCUGCUCUUUACGCUGGAACUCGAAAGGUGAUGUGUAUAUCCAGUUGGUUUAUGCGAGCUAUGUUCUGCAGACAGUGAUUCUGGUGUCACUGAUCAUCAUAAUGACCAUCGCCACCAUCGUACUUCUCCUGCAGCUCAUGUCCUGUGCACGAACGCUUUCGUUACCGCGCAAAUCCGGUGUCCUCGGUGCAUUUGCUAUCUGCCUAGUGCUGUCGUUAGUAGUAUUUGCGAUUGAAGUGUGGUAUGCAGUGGAAUAUGAUAUAGAAAAUCGCAUUGCUCGUAGUCGAGUCAUUAUAGUUAUGGUGAUGGCAGUUAUUCUAUCUAUAAUCUUCACAGUGCUGAUUGUUGUUGUUGGCAUUUAUCAUCGGAACAGGUCAGCUCAAGUGACCACGAUUGCUGUACAAGAAAAUCGAACAGGUUUUCUUUUUAUUCCUUUCAAGGACCUUAUUUUCUUCGAAGCAAUCGACCACUCGCAACUGAUGCUUAGGCGGUUAACUUUCUUGAGAGAGUGA